CCGCCGGGCAAUGGAGCCGCCGGGCACGGCCGGUGCCCCGGGAGCGGCGGGGCAGCCGUGGGACGAGGCCAAGGCUUUCUACGACAACCUCGCCCCCAAGAAGAAACCCAAAUCGCCCAAGCCCGAGAACGCCAUCACCAUCGCCGUGUCCUCUCGGGCGCUGUUCCGCAUGGAGGAGGAGCAGAAGAUCUACACCGAGCAGGGGGUGGAAGCCUACGUCAAGUACCAGCUGGACCACGAGAACGAGCCCUUCCUCCCGGGGGCUGCCUUCCCCUUCGUCAAGGCACUGGAAGCAGUGAACAUGCAGCUGCGUGAGCUCUACCCUGACAGCGAGGAGCUCUUCGACAUCGUCCUCAUGACCAACAACCAUGCCCAGGUUGGGGUUCGUUUGAUCAACAGCAUCAACCACUAUGGGCUGUUCAUCGAGAGGUUCUGCAUGACGGGAGGGAACAGCCCCAUCUGUUACCUCAAGGCUUACCACACCAACCUCUACCUCUCCUCCGACGCCGAGAAAGUGAGUGGGGCCAUUGAAGAGGGGAUCGCUGCAGCCACCAUCUUCAGCCCCAGCAGAGAGCCGGAGGUGUCGGAGCGGCAGCUGCGGGUGGCGUUCGACGGCGACGCUGUGCUCUUCUCGGACGAGUCGGAGCAGAUCGUGAAGGCUCACGGCCUGGACAUGUUCUUCGAGCACGAAAAGGCUCACGAGAACAAGCCUCUGGCACAGGGCCCCCUGAAGGGCUUCCUGGAGGCCCUGGGCAAGCUGCAGAAGAAGUUCUACUCCAAGGGGCUGAGGAUGGAGUGUCCCAUCCGGACCUACCUGGUCACUGCCCGCAGCGCUGCCAGCUCGGGUGCCAGGGCCCUAAAGACUCUGCGCAGCUGGGGCCUGGAGACCGACGAAGCUUUGUUCCUGGCGGGGGCUCCCAAGGGCCCCCUGCUGAGGAAGAUCCGUCCCCACAUCUUCUUCGACGACCAGAUGUUCCACGUGGAGGGAGCCAAGGAGCUGGGCACCGUGGCUGCCCACGUCCCGUACGGGGUCGCCCAGAAGCACAAGCGGCUGGCGCAGGAGGAGCAGACCCCCAACAGCAAGUAGUGGAGCUGCUGGUGCCUGGCAGCUGCCCUGUGCUCCGUGUCCUGCCCCACGAGAGCGAGAGCCUUUGUCCUGGGGGGCAGUGGGAACCUUGCUGGGGGCACGGAGGGAGGAUGGGCUUGGCAGGAGGUUUCCUUUCGCUGCUGCAGUCGUUGCUGUGUCUGUGGUGUUGUGCCCAGCCCUGGGGGGGGGGGAGGUUGGAGUGUGCCCUGUGCCAGGCAGCCUCAAGAGGUUUCCCCAUCCCUCUGCGCUCUGCAUAUGGCUCAGGCUUAAUCCCUCCGGGAUGCCUCCUGCCUUUUUGUGGCCUGGGCAGGUUUGAGCUCUUGGUGUUUCUUUCAACCCCCCUCAAAUCAUUCCCAAGAGCCUUUGAUGGCCAAAGCAAACGUUCAGGCUGAGCUGCUCAGGCUGGGAAGCUGGGGAGGACACAAACCUCCUCCUUGCAGCUUUUGAACCAGGUUGGCCCUUUUGAUCCAAAUUAAUUAAGCCCCAGCAUUACCCCUCCAAAUUAAGCCCCAGCAUUGCCCCUUCACACACCCAACCCCCUGCCCCCCAGCUGGAAAUCUUCCCUAUCUUUGUCCACCCUUCAGGAUUUUCUCAGCUGAGCAGCUUCCCAAAGCUGGAAAACCAGAAGCAAACAGCUCCAUUGCAAGAAUGAAAGAAAAUAACACUAACAAUCAUUAAUGAUGAUUUACAAAUCCCCUUUCUUGCUUGGAGCUUUGGGCCCAGGUUUUGAAUGUUUGGGUUUCAGAGUCAGCCCUUGAAUAAUCAUUUCCAUGAGGCAGCCAAAGCCCAGCUCUGGUGUGAGCCAUCCAGGGUCUGCAGACACAUGCCUGGGGCUCUAGAGCCUGCUUUUAGCUUAAUUCAUGUAUUAGGGACAUCAUUUGAAGUCCAUUUAGGUAAAUCUGCUCAGAGUUUCAGCCUGAGGGCUUUAAUUAGAGGGUUUUAUUAUUUCCCUCCCCCCUUUCUGAGCUGAGCCCAUAUGACUUGAUAAGCUUUUGGGGUUAUUUUGGCUCUUGAGCUUCUCAAAACUGCCUAAAAGAGGCACCUCUGGAAGUGAGGCUGUGAGGGAGAAUCCAAUCUCCAAAUCCAGGAGAAAAUGGGGAAGAGAAAUGGAUUGGAAACCUGUUCCAGGAGCAGUGUGGAACUGACACUGCUGUGUCUGCACAAAGCCCUGUCCCAAGGGCCACUCCCGGGGGGAAAUGUCUUUAGUUUGGUCUCUUCUUGAUUUUUCCUUCCCUUUUUCAAAUGUAUUUCAUUGACUCCUGGAAUGGCUCAGGUGGGAAGGGACCUCAGAGCUCCUCUGCUCCAAUCUCCUCUCCAUGGGCAGGGACACCUCUCAGCUAGGCUCAGCUGCUCAAGAUCUCAUCCAGCCUGGCCUUGAGCAUCCCCAGGCAGGAGGCAGCCACAGCCUCCCUGGGCAGUCUGUGCCAGAGUCUCUCCACCCUGGUACUGAAGAACUUCUUCCUCAGCUCCAGUCUAGCCCUGCUCUGCCUCAGCUCCAAACCAUCCCCCCUUGGUCUGUCUCAGACAUCCUCAUGCAAAGUCUCUCUGCAGCCUUCCUGCAGGAUCCCUUCAGGCACUGGCAGCAGCUCUGGGGUCCCCAUGGAGCCUUCUCCUCUCCAUGCUGCACACCCCCAGCUCCCUCAGCCUGUCCACACAGCAGAGCUGCUGCAGCCUUGGCUCAUCUUUGUGGCCUCCUCUGGACUCAUUCCACCUGCUCUGUGCCCUCCUGAUGCUGGGGGUAUGAGCCCUGGGUGCAGCACACCCAGGGUUGGGCACAGAGGAUGCCCAGUGCCAUCUGACAGCUGUUUGCUACAAGCACCAAUCCAUGGGGCUGAAGUUCUCCGAGGUUAGGUUCUGCCUCCAGCUCAGCUCUUCCCGAGAGCGAGGCUGCAGCUGGAGGUGUUGCACUUUUGAUAGCUCUCUAAAGAAGCUGCUGCUGCCUUCAGUGGCUCUGGAGCCUUUUCUCCUUGUUCUAGCAUUGAAAAGCUAAUUGCACUUUCCCCACCCCCUGCCAUCUGGCACGGGCAGACUGUUAGCUGUCACACCUGGGUGACAAGCACCUCAGAGCAAGGUCAAAGACCCAAGAAGGAAAAAGAAGUCUUGAAAGGAGUAAGCACCUCACUAACAUUUAUUGCUGCACAGCUCUGUGAGGAGCUCCCAUCCCUUGGCUUUCCUUUUAAAGUGAAUCUCAGCUGCUGGGGUCUGAGGUCUUGCAGACCGUUUUGGCAGCUGGGGGGGACAGGCAGCCUUGGCUUCCCAGGAAGCAUUUCCAGGGUGUUUCCUGAAGGUUGCCCCAGUUUGCAAACAGGCUGCACUGGGGCCUCCUGCCAGCCCCAGGGAGGAUGUGGCAAGAGGAACAGGGUUGUCAGGAAGCCUUUUGGAGCCCCCAGCCAGGGCUGGGUGCUGCUGGAGCCGGACAGUGGCACUGGAUGCUUGCAGCGAGUGCAUGCCUUGGACGCAGGGUGGUGGCUGGGCUGGGCAGGAGAUGCCCUGUCUGAGGCUGGUGUUAGCUCCAGGGUAGCAAAGUGUUGUGGUUUUGGAGCAAUGCCCUGGCUCUUGGUAGCUUGUCCUGCUUCCUUCCCAGGCCCUGAGAUGCAGAGGGAGCUGGGUGCAAGCUGGGGAGCAGGAGCAUGCUGCGGGCAGGGAGUUUAGUGACCUUAAGUAGGAUCUUCCUAUGACUCUACUUGGGGUCUUCCUGCUGCUAGGGCAGCUUAGAGGCUUGCUGGGAGAUGCAGGGCUGGGGAAGGGGGCCCCAGGUGAGGUGGAGACCUCCCUUUGCACCUCCUGGGACUUGAUGUUCCCUCUUUGCUUUUACCCACAUGGCUUCCUAAGGGGUGGUUUUACUUCCCCCUCUCCUCCGCCACUACAACUGGCAGAGAUGGAUUUGCUGCUUGUGUACUUCCCUUGUGUGCCCACCUGUGACAUCCCCCGGGGCUGGGGGACGGAUGUGGUGCCCAGGACCCAGCUGCAUGGGCUGGGCACUUGUGCCACCCUGCCGUGGGCCAGUGUGGCUGUGCCUCCCGUGCUCCGCCGGGCGAUGCUGCGUGGUGCUGCUGGGGGUUUCAGGCCGUUGUCCUCUGGUGGUUCUCCUCGUGGCUGACCUGCCAUGGCCAUGGAACCUCUCUGCUCUUCUCUAAUAAACUGUCUUGGUCCCA